GAUCCCAGGCUAAAGCAGAAGGCACUGCCCCGCCUCUCCCUCCUGGCUCUGGUCCUGUUAUAAAAAAAAAUCACAGGAUUUGAGGUUUAACAGGGUGCCCAGACUGGGUCUCUCCAGUCAGUUUCAAAUCAGGGGACUUGUCAAAUUUCCUGCCAGUCCCUGGGAACCGCAUUCCCACAUUCCUGGAAUCUGCGCCUCAAUUUUUCGCAAUCGCGACUUUGGAAAGGCAUGCUUUACUGAACACCCGAGAGACAGAACCCCCGCAGCGAAGGCACGGCAAGAUCCCAGCUCCGAGAUAAGUGCCGCUUCGGAGAAAGAGAGAAGCGAGAUCUUAAACCAGCCUCUCCCCAGCUCCAGAGAGAGAGGAGACAGCCUCCAGAGCCGGGAGUGAUGAAGUCCAGUUUGUCCGCCUCCAGUUCCGGAGCUGGCUCGGGGCUUACGGACUCGCCCGGCUCUGGGACGGACAGGGUCCAGAGCUGUGUCCGCCGGCGGAUGGCAGCGAAUGCCCGGGAGAGGAGACGCAUGCAGGGCUUGAACAACGCCUUCGACCGGCUCCGGAAAGUGGUGCCACAGUGGGGCCAGGACAAGAAACUCUCCAAAUACGAGACCCUACAGAUGGCCCUGAGCUACAUCGUGGCGCUGACCCGCAUUCUGAGUGAGGACAGACGCUGGCUCUACAUUCAGUGUGAACACAUUCCUGGAGCGGAGAAUAAUCAGACUUACCUGGGCCAGGCAGCCGACCAGAAGGACUAUUACACAGACAGAAUCUUCCCUUUCAAUCACCAGAGUUUCCGUGUCGUCAAUUAAAUCAACACCGCCUCAGGGAAGCCUUAUUUCCAAACAGCCGUCAAUCUCACUGCACACACAAGUCUAAAACAGAAAUUUAUCCCGCAGUCUGACUUUGCUCCAUUCCACUGGUAAUUCGUAAUCGAUGUAACUUUGUUGUCUUUCGCGGUCCUAACGGAAACUGGUUUGUUGGAAUCAAAAGCUGGUGAAGACUGAAAUAAGCAAUACCCAUUCUGUUCAAAUUUUAAUUGUAGGUGGGAUCUCCUGACAAAACAUUCUGUGAAAUUAGAUAAUGUUGAUCGUUUGCAUGUAGAUAACGCCCGGUUCAUGUACAAAAAAAUGUUUUUUUAUAUAAAAAGUUC